CACACAGAUAGACAACCUCUCUCAAUCUCCACAGACAAAACGUAAUCCCCUAAAAGGAGGAAGCAAGGAAACCCACCUUAGAAUCCAGAUCGGUCACCAGCUUCCUGUGCAGAAACUAAUCGCACAUGAAAGCGAACUCAGAGGGAGAAUCAUGAAAAAAAUAUAUAUUGGGAAAGCAGCCCUUAAAGCCCCCAGAAAUGUUUGUAAGCACCAGAAGAAAAGUUCAUUGCAGGAGCAGAAAGAAGACCUUCGCAAGCGACUCUCCUACACCACCCACAAGCUGGAGCGGCUUGAGACGGAGUUUGACUCCACCCGCCAAUACCUGGAGACAGAGUUGCGUCGGGCCCAAGAGGAGCUGGAGAAGUUCACAGACAAAUUGCGCAGGAUACAGAACAGUUAUGCAGCGCUGCAGAGAAUCAAUCAAGACCUAGAGGACAAGAUCCAUCGGACGACUAAGCACCACGAAGAAGAGAAAAGAGCUCUGAGUCGAGAGAUCAUCGUCCUCAACAACCAUCUCAUGGAGGCAAAGAUGACAAUAGAGAAGCUGAGAGAAGAUAAUGAGCUGUACAGGAAGGACUGCAACCUAGCUGCCCAGCUCCUCCAGUGUAGCAAGUCCCAUUACAGAGCCCACAAGCUGUCUGAGUUGCCUUCUGAGUUUCAGGAGCGGGUUAGCAUGCAUUUGGAGAAGCAUGGCUGUGGAGUGACCAUGGCCCUCCGCCACUCUCCGUACAGCGACUCAGUGCCCACAGCUAUCAUUGCCAAGGUUCUAGAGAAGCCAGAUCCGGGUAACAGCUGCCCAGGCUCACACAGCCCAAGCCCUCAGCCGCAGGACCCGGACUUCCUGAGCAACAGCAAUGAGCGCCUCCAGCGUCGUCUGGCAUACAAGUCCUCAGAUCUGUAUUGCAGCGACACAGCACUCUACUGCCCUGACGAGCGGAGACGGGAGCGGCGGCAGAGCGUGGACCUGCACGGACAGGAGACGAGUUUCUUUCAGACGCAGAACUCCACCGACAGCAACCCGGAGGAGGACGGAUUCCACUCCAGGUUCUCCCAUCACGAGCCCUCAUUUGCUGAGUUUGUGGCUGGUUCACUACCAGCCUCCAGCUCCUACUCCAGCUUCAGUGUGGCCUCCGACGAAAAGGGCCGUGCACCCAGCAGCACCCCGUCCUCGUCCCAGCAGGCACUCUAUAUGGACUGGCGGGAAGGGGACUACGAGCGCAAGAGCACCUCCUCUUAUGAGAAGGAGAGCCCUGGCUUCCCCAAGUCCCACAGCUUCCAGCAUAUGACUCACGGCCCACAGAAUCCCGGAUCUCCUGGAUACGUCAGAACCGCGUCCACCUGCUUCAGUGAACCCUACCACUCACCCCAACUCGCAACCUCUCACAGCAUGGGCUCUGCCCAGCUAUACAGAGACAGCAGAGGUAGUGUCCACGUCCCUGAGGAAGAACUCAGCAACCGCUGGAGGCAGCUGAGUGUAGAGGACAUCAACACCUAUUCGUAUCGUAACCCGGGUCGGUCCUCGCCGUACAGCUUCUCUGAACAGCACUUUGCCAUUGGUGCUGCCAAGAUUAAACUGGGGCCCCUCUACAGCAGCUUUCAGGAAGGUGAUGAUGUCUACCACAGCCAUGUUCUGGACCACUGUUUUGCAGCAUCACCCAGUCCCAGUCCCAGCCCUAGCCCCAGUCCAGAACACAGCCGGGGUUCUCGCAAGUCAGACAAGGGACAGAUGUAUCGUGCUAAGGAGGACAGCCAAGAAUCGGAGCGCAGCCUCUUCCACUCAGGAAGCUCCAAGGACAAGGAGAGCACAGCGGGCAGUAUGAAGAAGGAAUAUGUGGACGUGAGCCCAAACAGCUCAGCCGAGUCCCUAAACCAAAGUCCCCUUGAGUCCUCAGACAUGCAUCACUACCAGAUGGACCGACAGAGCCCUGUCCUGCAGCGGACGGCAUCUCCACAGUACCAAAAAUUUGGAAGCACAGGACUGUGCCGGAAGGACAGCCUCACCAAGGCACAGCUGUACGGCACGCUGCUAAACUGACAGAGGGGGGGGAUGAUGGAGAUAGAAGCCAGGACACUACUGUGUUCCAUUAGAUUGUCUUCUGACAUGACGACAAGCAACAUGUUCGUCU